ACACGAGCACUGUGGAAUUGCGGAGUUUGGUUUUUGGUGCGGGCUUGACUCAGGUAGUCUUCGCUUCUUCCUGGUUUUUAAAGAAAUAUAAAUGUUGAUAAAAUUACGAACGAAUUAAUACUUUUUUUCCUAAUAAAUAUUUUUAUUUUAACGGCUAUUGUUUUGAGGCGUCAGCGGCGCAGAGGCGGAACUACAGUCAAGCAGCAAAGAGGAGGGAAAUUUAAACCGUCCGGACUGACAGCCACAAGGACCGCGGGUUCGUCAAAACAAAAUCACGCCCAGUGUAUUUUCAGCGAACCCUCGCUGUAUAAGUGUGUAUAGCGGUGACGGAUCACAAGGAAUAUGUCAAAGAAUGGACUCUCAUCACAGUCAGGGUUUAGACUCACCGUCCAGAAACAGCUACAUUGGAAGCUACUACCAACCUCCUGACAGAGUCCUGCCGAUCCCCAGAAUCCCAGAUUUUGCUUUGGGCGCCUCUGCUGGUCCGCAGGUUCCUGAGACGAGACCCAAUAUACAGAGCAGAGCUGUCUUGGAAGCACUGCAGACCCUCCAGGGAAAGAUAAAGCAGCUGGAGAAGGAACGACAAGAAACAGAAAAUCGCUACCAGCAGGUCACCCAUGCAUCCCAGAGGAUACAACCACUGGCUGCGACGCACGCAGUCAACACACCAACGCCAUCUCGGGACGCUCAGAAUGUCAAGGCCAGCAAGAAAGAGCUGGACUCUAAGUUGCAAGCUGCCGAGUCUCGCUGUCAGGUUCUGGGGAAGCAACUGGAAUACAUGAAGAACAUGGUGGAAAACGUGAAGGCGGAGAAGAAAGCUGUGAUGGAGAAUCAAGCAACUGUGCAGAAGCGCGAGUCGAGCAGCCGCAACAGCCCAACACAUCGGGACAAGCUGAAGAAACUUGAGGCAGAGUGUCUCAAGCUGAGUAAAACACAGAGUCGUGCUGAGGUGAAGCUCACUCUAUUGGAGCAAAGGCUUCUGAAAGAGGAGCACGAGCGUAAAGUGGUACAGGAAAAGGCUAGUGAGCUUCAGCGAGAUUUGGACCUCACACUUCAGCUGGUGUCCCCGAAAGAGCCAAAGCAGAAGAAGCAAACAGAAAAGCCCAACUUGAGGACUUGUGGAAAGAGAGACUUUGACUCGCCGAGCCGAUUAAGACACCAGCAGAUGCCCUUUGUUGCAGGAACUUCGACCAGUCCAAGCCACUCGGUCCACGCCAACGUGCAGGGCAUCCUCCACCUGAUGAAGCACCACCAGCCUCACCUGUGCGAGCGAAUCAGCGCUCUGCAGAGGCCCAGCUCCGCGGCCAAGAAGAACCUCCAGAAACACUUUUCCUCUCACGAUCGCUCCGAGCCAGAACAAACAGUGCAGAGCCUGGAAUCUUUGUCUGACAUCCUACUGGCUCUGCAGGACGAGCUGGGAAGAAUGAGCUUCGAGCACCAGGAGCUGGUGAGCCAGAUGGAAUCGACUGUUAACCAGGAGCAGAGGGGGGAGUUGCAGAGGGAGCUGGAAAUGUUGGCGAAACGAAUGGAGGAAAAAGGAGCUCAUAUCACAAAACUGAGACAACAUGGCCAGACAGUCUUAACACUGAAAGAGGGCAGUGGACAGCGGCAGUGCAACAGCGAGGUUCAGAAACGGAGGACGCCGGUUCCUUCUCCUUUCGGACCCAAACAGAGCAAGAAGUCAGGUCUGGCCACUCAGAAAAACCUGCAGAUCCUCAGAGAGACUCAAAAACUGCGCAGCUGUCUUAAACAAGACGACCUCUUGUGGGAGACUUGAAGAACAGGACCCCUGUGCCGCCUCCUUUGAUGCCACAGCUGAUUGAACAAAACCUCCCCAGGGACUCCUGUUUUCCUCUCCUCUGAAGACCUCCGCCUGUUUUCUUGCCGAGAAAAACAGGAAUAUAUUUUGGAUCGGAGCUGACAUCUUGUGGUCAAACAUUGACGGCUGAUUCAUACUUUUAAAUGGACUCUGUUUUGUGAGAUGUACUCUAUGUGUAACCAAUUUUUA